AUGUCGCCUCGCGGAGCUACCACCUCAUCGCGCAUUCCCAGGGGCAAGCAGCUUGUCCUACUCGCGCCCAGUUGCCGAUCCUUCUCCACCACCUCCUCCAAGAGCUUGCGAACCUCCUCUGCCUCGCCCUCCUCCUCCCUGGAUCCCCAAUCCGUCGCUCAUUUUUCUCGCUUGUCGCAACAAUGGUGGUCACCUACGGGCGAGACUGCUCUGUUGCACGCCAUGAAUCCAGUCAGGAUCCGCUUCAUCAAGGAGAAGCUGGCAGAGGUGCGCGCCUGGGAUGACAGCGUGCGGGAAGCAGCUAGCAAGCCAGAACACGAAGCUCCACUGUGCGACGGCGAGUGGGACUGGCUGCAAGGUCUGGAAUGCUUGGACGUCGGUUGCGGUGCAGGCUUGCUCACAGAGUCUCUGGCUCGCGCUUCGGGUCGCGUUCAUGGUAUAGACGCUUCCUCGAGCAACAUCCACAUGGCCAUCUCUCACGCGUCCCAAGAUCCUGCCCUCCAUCUUCAUCCCUCCAACGGCGCAUCCAAGCCCUGGGCGGAUCGCCACCAAGCAAGUUUGAGCUAUCAGCACAUCACCGCCGAGGACUUGCUGGCUGAGCGAAGCGCUGCAUUAGGUCAAAAUGAGGCUCAGUACGAUGUCGUCACGGCCAUGGAGGUCAUCGAGCAUGUCAAUCAGCCUGCUCAAUUCUUGCAGACGCUCACCCAGCUCGUCAAACCCGGCGGGCACCUGUUCCUGUCCACCAUAGCUCGCACUCCCUUGUCGUACCUUUUGACUAUCCUCGUUGCCGAGCGCGCCCUCGAUCUCGUCUCUCGCGGUACGCACAAUCACUCUCAGUAUAUCGAUCCGUCGGAGCUGGUCGGCUUCUUUAGCGACACAAAGGUCGGCUGGAUACGGCCGAAGGAGGAGCAGCGUGACAACAUUGUACCGACGCAAAGGCUUCUGCACGAGUCUCGAGGCGUCGCAUACCUCCCUUGGAAGGGCAUCUGGCAAUUGGCGCCCAGGUGGACCAAGGGCUUGCCCCUCAAUCCUUCAGAACAGGCCAACUAUUUCUUCUGGAUCAGAAGACCGGUGUCAUAG